AUGACUGAAGGCCCCCUAUUACAUCAUGAUAAGCCGAUGUGCGUGCGCAUAUGGCUAGAGGUGGGACACGCGUGCGAGCCGCGCAGAACUCCCUCUGGCCGAGCCCUGGCCCUCGACUGGCGAGUGUGGGUCCGCGGAGUGAGCGGCCACGACAUCAGCACCUUCGUCCAUAAAGUCGUCUUCCAUUUACACCCUGCAACCGCAUUUGUAUAUCCUAAACGAGUGCUUCAGGAGCCGCCAUACGAAAUCCAAGAGUCCGGCUGUGCCUCCAUUGACAUACCGAUACACGUGUACCUGAAAUAUAGCAACAGGCCAAAGAAAAUCCGUCUGCAAUACAGUCUUCAGAUCGAGAACAACAGUAAGAGCAAUUCGGAGUCCCGGUGCAUCUACUACGACUUCAAGAACCCGCCGGAGCAGCUGUGCGAGGCCCUAAUGAGUGGCGGCGGGGAGCUCGUGCCGCGCACCGGCGCGCCCGAUGUCUCCAACAAACUGGUCGUGCUAUCCGACAGCGGCGACGACCGCCCGCAGAAGCCCAUGAAACCCAAGAAGUACAAGUUCGUGGAGCCUGUACCCUGCAAGCACAACUCUAAGAAGCGGCCUAAGUCACUGUUCGAAGAGAUUUGCUCAAAAUGUGGAAAUUCCAUUUACGUAGACAUUAAGAAACAAUUGAGGUCUGUAGCUAUGACUGAAGAUGAGAUAAACUGCGUGUCACAGUUGUACUUGUCCUACACUAGUUACGAGAAGUCUGCCGGUGCUCUGAUACUGCCGCCGAUAACAGACUCCAUAUACAAAACGCCCGAACUGCCAGCCUCGCUGAAAAGAGCGCUGAAGGAAGUUCAAGAAGAAGACUACACGAUGAUUUAA